GCUAGUUAAAAAGAAGGAGGAAAGCAAAAAGAAACAUGUGAGCGUUUUUGAAGGUCCAGUGAGAGUGAACUUAGUGCUACUUUUUUGACCUAACACACCAACCACUGUGCAGUAACGGAAUUUAACUUAUGGAAAGGCAAAAAAGUUAAGCUGACAUCAAAACACUGUUUUAUUUUAAUAUCAGAUAUUGUUUUUAUUUCUGUGUUAUGUCAUCAUAACCAGCACUUCAAUUUAUUUAUUUUUAAGUACUAUUUUCUUUUAAAUAUAUUUAAUAGAGAUUUCUUUAUGCAUAUAUAUAUUCAAGUAAAUUAUUAUAAGCAUUGUUUACCUCUUUCUCGUAACAAAAAUCUUAGCAUUUUAUUUUUUCAUAUAGAUAAAUAGUUGCAUUUGCCGUUUUUUAAUUUUUGUUUUGCUGAAGCAUUUUGAGCAUGAAACAUUUAAAAAUUGUACUGGUGUUGGCAAUCGCGGUUAACGUCUGGGAAUGUGGUGAUGCAAAAUUCGGUGAAAAGGGUGAAGUUAGUCCAAGGAGGAGGAGAUGUUACGAUGGAAGCCUACCGAAGCGCCUGAAAAAGAGAGAGAGAAAACUGUCAGUGGACAGCGGCAGCAGCGGGGAGAUUUGUCACAGACUGUACCCUCGCGUGUCCUGCUGUCCCACCAGGAGAGCCGCCUAUCAGAUUCUUCACCGGCGAGACGCCAGGGUCUUCUCCACCAACAACACAGAGUGCGCACGGCUCUUGGACGAGAUCAAAUGCGCCCGCUGUUCGCCUCACGCCCAGGUGCUCCUGCACGCCCCGGCUCCCGCAGCCGCAUUGCACCCGGAGCCCCGCCUGCCACGGCUCUGCCAUGACUACUGCCGGGAGUUCUACUACACCUGCAGGGGCCGCAUACCAGAGCUGUUCCAAGCAGAUGUGGACGAAUUCUGCCAGUACUAUGGGAGACGGGACAAUGGCCUAUGCUUCCCCGACUUCCACCGACAGCAGACACGAGGUCCCACCACCAACUACCUGGACCUGGAGGAUGAGAAGCUAGAGAACAUCAACAGGAAGCACAAGCACAACUGCUACUGCGUCCGGGAGGUGAUGAGCGGCCUGCGGCAGCUGGUGGGGGCAGUGCACUGCGGGGACGGCUCCCAGCGCCUCUUCCUGCUAGAGAAAGAGGGCUACGUGCAUAUCCUGACCCCCGGCAUGGAGCUGCUUCACGAGCCCUUCCUAGACAUCCACAAGCUGGUCCAGAGUGGCCUGAAGGGCGGAGAUGAAAGGGGCCUCCUGAGCCUUGCAUUCCACCCCAAUUACAAGAAGAACGGCAAGCUGUACGUCUCCUACACCACCAACCAGGAGCGCUGGGCCAUCGGGCCACACGACCACAUCCUCCGAGUGGUGGAGUACACAGUCUCCAGGAAAAACCCAAACCAGGUGGAUGUGAGAACCAAGCGAGUUCUGGUGGAGGUGGCCGAGCUGCACCGGAAACACCUGGGCGGCCAGCUCUUGUUCGGCCCCGACGGCCUGCUGUAUAUCAUCUUAGGUGACGGCAUGAUCACGCUGGAUGACAUGGAGGAGAUGGACGGCCUUAGUGACUUCACGGGGGCCGUCCUGCGGGUGGAUGUGGACACAGACUGCUGUAACACCCCCUACUCCAUCCCCAGGAGCAACCCUUACUUCAACAGUACAAACCAGCCCCCGGAAAUCUUUGCCCACGGCCUGCAUAAUCCAGGCAGAUGUGUCGUAGACCAUCAUCCCAUGGACAUCAACGGAAGCCUCCGGAUCCUGUGCACCGAUGCCAGCAGUCGAAACUCAAGCGGCGGGCGAAUCCUCGAGGUCCUCAAGGGAAAAGAUUACGAGUACGAGCCUCCGAUCCUGGACCUGAAUUACGGCAGCAGCAGCUCGGCCCCUGUGGGCGGCUUCAUCUACCGCGGCUGCCAGUCCAGGAGGCUCUACGGCAGUUACGCUUUCGGGGACCGCAGCGGGAACCUGCGCAUCCUACAGAAGCCGUCAGCGGGCAGACCUUGGCAGGAGAAGCCCCUGUGUGUGGGGAGCAGCGGCACGUGUGGCAGCUCCAUCUCUGGACAGAUCCUGGGAUUUGGGGAGGAUGAGUUGGGUGAGGUGUACAUUCUGGUCACCAGCAAGAGCAUGGCCCAGUCCAAUAAUGGCAAGCUAUACAAACUGGUGGAUCCAAAGAGGCCCCCGCUGCCCAAGGAAUGCCAGCGUACGGUGGAGCCCCCAGAGCUGCUGGGGACGGCAUGCUCUCGGCAGUGCAAGAACGGGCACUGCACCCCAACCGGAAGGUGCUGCUGUAGCCCCGGCUGGGAGGGGCCCUUCUGCAGAGUGGCCCGGUGCGAGCCCACGUGCCGCAAUGGUGGCGUCUGCAUGGAGCCCAACGUGUGCCUGUGCAAGAGCGGCUACUCGGGCCUGCAGUGUGAGCGCGGCGAGCGUGGAGAGCCAGUCCCCGAGGCCAAAGACGGCCUGCUGGACCACCUCAUCGACGUCACCUCCUACCUGCUGGACCUCACCAGCUACAUCGUGUAGGCCGGUGCUGGGGGGGGGGGCUUUGAUCGCCGCACGCCACAGAUAUCACCCCCUGCUCCGCUGAUCACGCCUCCAAUCCACACGCCCCGUAACGCUACGCGCCGGCGCCCACCGAAAGGACCCCCCCCAAACAGGGCAACAGCCAGAGAAAAUGAAAAGGCAAAUCCCGCACCCUCCCCCACACCCAACAUAAGGACUUGGACACUGGCUGAGUGUCUCUUCUGAGCAACAUCUGUCCUGGAUUUGUGUCAGUCCCCUGACUGUGACUCCCAGUCACUAAGACUCGCUAGUGACUCUCUGUCACGAGGACCUUCUGUUGUUGGUCUUCCCACCACUCUUGGGACCCCACCGACCCUCCAGGAAAAGAAGCAAUUCUUCACUCUCAGACCCUGGGUGCAGCUUGGCAAGGAGGCACACCUUCUGUAUGGACAAGAUGAAGGAAUAUCGGGAGUGUUUCGUCUGAAGUCUUACUCUCAGUUUGACAUUUGCAUGGUGGCCGGGGGGGGUGGGGGGGAGGUGGUGAGGCUCGUGCCUGUGCCUGUAUGGAGAGAGGUCCCCCCAUCAGAAAAACACACACCCAUAUCCCAGAGCUUAUCAGAGAAGCACAUUUUCCGCAGAGAUUCGUUUUUUAAUUUGUUGUAGGGUAACAGCCUUUUCAUCAACAUCAGCAGUGUACCAUGGACUGGGCUGUGGCGACCAGCAGCGCCUCCUCUGUGCUGAUCUGGGGUCAGCCAUCUCCGGUAACGCGGACAGAGCUCUUUCCCUGGGGUCCGGACUUUCCGACGGCAAGCGGCGGAACGUCAGCGCCGGGUGACAGCCGUCACUUAAAAAGAAACAAACAAACAACGUCUUGGGCACUUGUGUUUCCCGCAGAUUGGCACCCGAGGGCCCGUCCCCCAAAAUUAGCGCCCGUCGCCCGCAAAGCUAUAGAAUUAUGCAUUUAAAAUUUUCAAAUGAAGAUAUAAUUCAAUAGUGUAGUGAUGUAAUUAUAAUCUACAGCCAAUAGCCUUUUACUAGUAAAAGAACAUCAUGGUGAAUAAACACAAAGCUUAAAACUCUACUAAUUUUUAUGGCUAUUGAUAGUGGUGAAGUUUGGAUAAAACAAAUAAAUGAACAGAGAAAAUAUUCUAUAUAAAGUGCCACUGAAUUUACAUGUUUUACUUUUCUUUCAUUCGAUGAGGAUCGUCCAGGCUGCUUCAUGAUAUGUUCAUGUCAUGUUCUCUUCUUCUGAGACCGUUCCUCUAGUUCGCUUGGUGUAGAAUGAAGGUCAUCACUGGCAUCAGGGUCCAGUGUCCACAUACUCAUGACCCCGCUGGAUACUGAAAUCCACCAGCACUGGUUUCAGGCACGUUUCAAUGGUGUACAGUUUAGAUGUUCAACGCUGAGGUCUUCUGGACCCAAGGUGUCGGUUGAUCAAGCUGUCUCGAUCUACACCCCAGCUACGCGGCUCACGUGCCGUACGUACUGGUCAAAUUCACCCUAGUCUCUAACACUGUUCAAAAGAGAAAACACGUCAUGGGUUAUGUUCUGUGAUGGACAAGAUGGAUGAUUCCUUAACCUGAGAAAUAGCAGCCAUUUUUGCUGAUUGUAAGACAUUUUCUUGUUCGAAAUAGCCUAGCGUCAACGCCUAGCAAUCCCACUUUUCGUCAAAAGUUCCUAGUCAUCUCUGUUACUCUCACCCAUGUGCCUGGGUUUCGGUGUUGAUUGGAUACCAGAAAGGCCCAUUUUAACCGUUUGUCCAGAACUCAACCUGGUGUGAACCAGACAUACUCCCUGUCUUUCUGUCAUUUUGAAAUGCAAGCCAUAUCGUGGUGUUCAAUCUCGUAAUUCUCCUAUAAUGCAUCUGUCUGCUCAGCUGUUUGGAGACAAGCCAAAUUAUGGACAUGUUUGCCAUGCUAUUUUACAAAAACGAUUAAAUUGGACAUAAUGAAAGUGACAGAGAGCAUACAGAUAUUUUAUUCUCAUGUUCAGUAAGGCCGAGUGUGUCUGAGGAGCCCAUAUGACACAUGCAAAACACUUAAGCGAUAUUUUUAGUAAAUAAGAGGUGAUUCAUAACCAUGUGUGCUGUAGGCCGUGAAUUUUGAUAUAUAAAGACUUCAGAAGACUCCAGUGGUGACGACAUAAAUUAGCCAUACUGCAGAUGUCGUAAAAAGUGGCCAUUGUUAAAAUAUAUAAUAUGAAUGUUUAAGAAGCUGAAACUUUCCACAUCCACUACCAAGGGAUAUCCGAUCGAUAUCAUACUCCACGUCACUCCAGACGUCCCACGUCUCCCACCCCAACUGGCCCUCCGCUUUAGCGCGGCGUGUGAGUAUAAGUGCUAAUCAGAAUUCACAUCCAAAGUGUGCUUAAAAUCAUCAGGGUUUGUAACAUUACGAGAUAAUUGUACCAUAGCACUGUUUGUAGAUUUCUAUAUAGGGAUUCUGAUUGCAACAAAACCAUGUUUAUUUUUCUUUAUUAUUAAUAUGAUGAUGAUUAUUAUUAUUAUUAUUGUCCUAAAUGUGUGUGCUAUUGAUUAUUAUAUGGAAUAGUAAAUUCUACAAAAUCCAUGCUGUAAGUUUAAAAUCCAUAAUUUUAGCACUUAAUGUGAAUCUUGCAUCAGAGCUGCUGAGAUGGCCCGUGUGAAUAGAGUAAUCGUUUUCAUUAUUUAAGUAGUUAUGCAAAGGUUAUUUAAAUCCUCUACAUUGUUUGUACCUUGUGAAGAUAUGGAUUUUCAUUUUUUUUUGUAAAUAUAACUGGGAUUCUCUUCGGUCUCUUUUCUGAAAUAGCUGUCUAUUAAAGUUUAUAGCAUGUCCGAUCA